UCGCGACGCCGCGCCCAUAUGUCCACACACGGCAUCUUCCAGGAAGAAAAAGCAGCGUCAAAGCGGUGAAUUAACCACUUCCAUUCAGCCUUUCCCCCUACUCAACCUUCUCUCUUACUUGUGUUUUGGACCGACGGCCAACAUGCUUAUUAAAGAAUUCCGGAUCGUCCUUCCCAUCUCUGUGGAGGAGUAUCAGGUGGGUCAGCUGUUCUCAGUAGCAGAAGCCAGUAAGAGUGAGACGGGUGGAGGCGAUGGUGUGGAGGUGCUCGCCAAUGAGCCGUAUGAGCAGGAUGGAGAGAAGGGGCAGUAUACCCACAAGGUGUACCACCUACAGAGCAAAGUGCCAAAUUUUGUCCGUUUGAUCGCUCCAAAAGGUUCCCUAGAGGUGCACGAGAAGGCCUGGAACGCAUAUCCUUACUGUCGAACCAUCCUUACAAAUGUCUACAUGAAAGAGAAAUUCAUGAUUAAGAUCGAGACAUGGCACAAGCCCGACAUGGGGGAGCAGGACAAUGUGCACGGACUUGACAAAAGCACAUGGGAUGGAGUUGAGGUUAUUGACAUUGACAUUGCUGACAGAAGCAGCAUCAGUCCAAAGGACUACAAACCAGAGCAGGAUCCAGCUAUCUUUAAGUCGGAGAAGACGGGUAGAGGCCCUUUGGGACCUGACUGGAAGAAAGCACUGGCCAACAACCCCAACUGUCCCCACAUGUGUGCGUACAAACUUGUUACUGUUGAAUUCAAGUGGAUGGGACUACAGAACAAGAUGGAAAGCUUUAUUCAAAGGGUGGAGAAGCGUUUGUUUACCCACUUCCACAGACAGCUGUUCUGCUGGAUUGACAAAUGGAUUGAUCUGUCGAUGGAUGACAUCCGGCGUAUGGAGGAGGAGACAAAGAAGGAACUGGAUGAGAUGAGGAAGACUGAUGAAGUUAAAGGCAUGUCAGCUGAUGAGUGAUGGGAAGUGACUUGACCUCUUUGAUACCAUAAAGCUCGGACUUCACUCAUCAAGCCGACGGGAACUACAGCAGCUUCAAGGGCAGAAUCAGGAACAUCACUCAUACAUCCUAAUAAAGAAUUUGCUCUUAAUAAGAGUUCAGUAUUGUAAAACAAUUGUGCAUUUUUAUGUACUACAUUAGAAUAGAACUACAGCUGCUUUUAGUGUUUUUUAAUGGGGGAGGCUUGUGAGUUGAAGGUUGUUUUUGAGGAUAAAAUAUUCUUGUUUUGCCUGUCCAUUCAUCCUAAAACAUUUGGGGAAAGGUGUGGGCUAUCUGUAGAUCUCCAGUGACUGUAAUCUUUUUGUGCUUACUUUAUGGUUUGGUUCCUCUUCUUGAUUUUGUGUUUUCAGUUCUCAGUGAUUUAUGGUUUACUUAUUACAUCAAGACAAAUGUCUAUCAGUCCAACGUCUACAUCUAUUAAAACCCCAGUUACAAGAAAUUUGAUUUUAUUUUUUGCUUUUUGAUAAGUUAAAUUAAGUGCUUCUGUAAAAAAUUGUGAUGUUUUCUGUUCUGUGUAAAGUGCACUGAUUGCAAGUGGAAAUUUCUCCAACGGUCUGCACUUAUUUUUCUCAAGCAAUUAAUUAAUCAUAACAUGUUGGGAUGAGGCAAUAAAAGCAUCUUAUGACAAAGUCAAGGACACUAAAGAGACAUCCUGGUCAGGUUAUGUGCAUUUGGUCAAGAAUACGAUUUUUUUUUUCUCCCAUUUUUUUGUUAAUCGUACAUUUUGUUUGAAGCUUUGUUUCCUAUUUGAAAUUAACCAGAACAUUUUACAUAUUUGGUCAUUGUGUCCUGCAUUAAAUGUAAUAAUCAGUUUUUAA